CAGUGACGCCCUCACUUUUUCUAUGCGUGUCCCCGCCCCCUAGCUAAAGGCGAGCUGCCCGUACCGGAAGAGGAAGUGUGUUGGUCCUGGCUGGAAGAUGGAUGCGCUAUUAUUUCUGACAUAGGUCAGUGCCAGGCAGCAACGGCAGGAUGAGCAAAUCAGCCCGAGCAGAGAUAAGGACUUGUGUGCCAUAAGCCUGUCAGUGUUGUGUGCCGCAGCCUUCAGCCCACGAUACAUAAUGAACAUGGUAGUGUUCCAUUCCCAUGUGUGUAGGAUUGCCAUUCUGAUGGAUUUCAGUACCUUCUGAUAUACGGUGAAUGCCAGUUGAAGAGGUGCCCCUGCCUGGUCUUUACCAACAUGGAUCGGCACGUACCACUGGUUGGGACAAGCACUCUAGCACAGAAUCUAGAGAAUAAAGGUCAUCUGACCGCAGUAAAGAGUGAAAGGGACUCAUUUUCUGAUGACGACGACCUCCCCGAGACUGAAAUCCUGCAGAUAAAGAUAAAACAUGAAGAUACAGAUUGGGAAGAUGAUCUAGACUCACUGGACAGCGCUGAUUCCCCUACUGACGGGGAGUCUCUAGAAGUGAAAGAGGAGGAUAAAAAUAAUUUAACCACAGAAAAUAGCGAAAUAGGUUCUCCUUCUGAUACAGAAGAUCCAGAAAUAAUACAGGUAAAGGUAGAAGAAACAGAGUCUAUAACCUAUCCGGACUCCAUGAUUAGUUCAUCUCUUACUGCCGGGGAGAACCGCUUAAAUGUGCAACGGAACUGGGUCUCGGAAACCUCCAGACUUUGGCGUAAGCGCCAGAACUCAGCCCUGACAGAAGCAAGUUAUUACCCAGAUACUUUAGAUACAGGCAGGGAACCAUUACAGAGUGCGGCAGGGCUUGGGGGGCUAGAGCCGGCCACCGAUUCAGGGUUUUCCUGCCAUAAAUGUAGCAAAUGCUUUGCUACAAGUAGUGAUCUGAUCACGCACCAGUGCCAUAGCCGCUGCUCUAGCAAAGCGGAGGAAAAACCCUUUAUAUGCUUAGAAUGUGGGGAGAGGUUCUCACGAAAGAGCAUCCUUCAGAGUCACCAGAGAGUUCACACCGGGGAGAAACCAUUCACCUGUAAGGAGUGCGGGAAAAGCUUCUCGGAGAAGAGGAGCCUUCACCGACACCAGACCAUCCACACCGGCGACAAACCGUUCAAAUGCACCGAGUGCGGGAAAGCCUUUGCCGAGAAGACCACACUCCACAAUCACCUUAGAGUUCACACCGGGGAGAAACCAUUCACAUGUUCAGAGUGCGGAAGGAAGUUCUCGCAAAAGACCAACCUCUAUUCCCACCAUAAGGUUCACACGGGGGUGAAACAAUUUUCCUGUACCAUAUGUGCCAAAGGCUUCUCUGAAAAGACUGCACUCACCAUACACCUUAGGGGGCACACCGGGGAGAGGCCGUACACUUGCACAGAGUGCGGGAAAGGCUUUGCCCAGAAGUGCACACUCACCGCUCACCAGAACAUUCAUCUAGGGAAGAAACCGUUCAAGUGCACAGAAUGCGGCAAAACAUUCUCUAAAAAAUGUUCCCUCACCACUCACUGGAAUAUCCACUUGGGGGUAAAACCAUUCAUCUGCGCAGUGUGCGGUAAAAGCUUCUCCCAGAGGAGCAUCCUUCACAACCACAUGGCAGUUCACACGGGGGCCAAACCAUUUACGUGCUCAGAAUGUGGCAAAAGCUUCUCCCUAAAGAAUGACUUCCAGAGGCACCUGAUCAUUCACACAGGGGAAAAGCCGUUCACGUGUACACAGUGCGGGGAGAGUUUCUCUAGGAAAAGCACGCUCAACACGCACUGGAACACUCACACCGGGGAGAAACCCUUCACAUGUUCACAGUGCGGGGAAAGGUUCUCUCGAAACAGCUCUCUCAAAGCGCACUGGAAAAUUCACACGGGGGAGAAACCAUUCACAUGUCCUCAGUGUGGGGAAAGCUUCUCUCGAAAGAGCUCCCUUAAUACUCACUGGAUCCUUCAUACAGGGGAGAAACCAUUCACUUGCAGAGAGUGUGGCAAAAGCUUCUCCGUACGAAACAGCCUUCACAAACACAUGAGAGUUCACCAGACAAUGGACAUUGAACUGGCAGCGCUCGUACCCAAGGCCGGAAGCGGAAGUCAGUGCUGCUGCGGAAAGCCGGGAAUAUGGCGGCACCUUUGCAUACUUUAUAGGGCUGCUCCACUAGUGGAACGUAAGCUCUCUGCAUACACGGUGAAUAUGGAUCAAGGAUCCGUCCAUCUCAAAAUAGACAGAGGAACUCAAUCUGUUAUCACCAUGGAACCACCCUCGCUGCUGAGAAAGCCAAGGAAGUUAAAGGGGAAAAUUGGAAAUAAACCAAGGAACUCCAAAUAUCACCUGAGCUCAAUAAAGAGUAAAAUGGGUUCUUUAUCUGGGCCUAGUUCCCCAGAGGUUGAACACAACAUAAAUCAGGUAAAGAGAGAGGAAAUGGACUCAGGCUCUGAAGAUGGGCUGAACUCUCUGCCUAGAGAAGUGAAAAUGGAGACGGUAGAGUUGGACUCUGAGUGUGAUCCAGAUACAGCUGAGGGUGACCCUGAGGCAGAGGUAUUACAGAUAAAGGUAGAGGAGGAAGACUAUGAUCCGAGUGCAGUGGAAAGUGAGGAAUGUGCAGCCAGUGACACGGAGGGCUGCCUACAUGAUAAGAGGAGUUGGGCAAGGCACUAUAGCCUCACUGUGUCCGGGUCUAGUGACUCCUCUGGCGGGCUGGAUAAAUCCAUGGAUUUUGUAGGGUCGAGACAGCCCCCAGACACGGGCAAGGCAAACGCAAGAUGUGAGAGUGACUCGGAAACCCAGGAGUCUUCUUGCUUCGUCUGUAAUGAGUGCGGGAAAUACUUUUUACUGCAAAGUGAAUUUCUCUCCCACCCCUGUGUCUCUGACACUAAUAUGGAUAAUACUGGUAACCCCCUGAGGAGUUGCUGCCAGUUGCAUCUGCUGGCCCAUAGUGACGGGAAGCCUUUCACAUGUACAGAAUGCGGCAAAGGGAUCUCUACGAAGAGCAACCUCCAGAGCCACCAGAAGAUUCACCGGGGGGCCAAACCGUUUGUAUGUACACAAUGCGGGAAAGGCUUCUCCAGAAAGUACAGCCUUAAUAAUCACGUGAGGUUCCACACAGGCGAUAAACCCUUUGUGUGUACGGAGUGCGGGAAAAGCUUCCCCGAGAAGAGCAAGCUCCACAGUCACGUGAAGAUCCACACGGGAGAGAAACCCUUCAUAUGCCCAGUGUGUGGCAAAGGCUUCUCCGAAAAGUGCAACCUUUAUAACCACCAGACCAUUCACACGGGGGAGAAACCAUUCAUGUGUCCGGAAUGCGGGGAAAGGUUCUCUCGGAAAAGCACCCUAAGCAUCCACAAGAACGUGCACACGGGGGAGAAACCAUUCACCUGUCCGGAAUGUGGGAAAAAUUUCUCCCAAAAGAGCAACCUUCGCAGUCACCAGCGAAUUCACACAGGGGAGAAACCCUUCUCGUGCAAGGUGUGCGGGAAGAGCUUCUAUGAAAAGAAGAAUCUGCACCGUCACGAGGCUAUCCACACCGGGGAGAAACCGUACAUCUGCUCCCAUUGCGGGAAGGGCUUUUCCGACAAGGGUGCGCUCCACACUCACUUUAGGGUGCACACCAAGGAGAAACCCUUCCCAUGCAGAGAGUGCGGCAAGAGCUUCACUCAGAAGAGCAACCUUCAGAUCCACCAGAGGAUUCACACUGGGCAGAAACCAUUCAUAUGUACAGAGUGCGGGGAUUGCUUCUCUGUGAAGAUCAGCCUUCAGAAGCACCAAAAAACCCACUCUGUGUAGGGAACCUCCGGGGCGGGACUGCAGGGGGAGAACCCCUGGCACUUAUUGAGGUUCUCCAGAUGUAUCCCACUAUGCACAAAGGGUUACACAAGGAAUAACUGUCCAGCUAAGAAUGACAAUGGGCCUUUGUAUGUAGGAAUAUCACUGCACAGCCCUGGGCGCUCUGUAAUCCCAGCCUGAGGGUGUCUAUGAAUUAUGCUCAGUAUUUACAGACUCUAGAAUCCAUGGCCCCCACUCGGCACAUACAGGAGAUUGGCACCACCGGACUUUGUACCUUUUCUGUCUGCCUAAGGAUUCCCUGGAUAUUAAAGGUGCUUUGUGUUUCUAUUUAAAGGGA